GACGCGGGGAGGUAGAUGGAGACCAAUGUGAAGGUCUGCUCGAGUUGCUACAACUGAUAUUGACAACAACAGACUGGAGUCUUGUGUGGACCUGUGUUUAGCUACAAGCCAAGGAAUACAUUCAGGUAAAUAAAUGUGUACUAUUGCAACUAGCAACAACUGACAGAUGUAGAAACCUUCAUAAAGCAAGCAAGAACCCUCACCAUGUCUAUCGUAGUGGGACUCAAGACGUCCUCCAUCUUGGCCAAGAUCUGCAUGCUGCUCAUCUUUGUAUCAACUGUGGCUAAUUGGAUCUCUUUCACCACAACAUCCUGGGGGAUAAACAACAGUAACACGUGGUACACGGGGAUCUGGAGGAAAUGUACGGCGGACAGAUGUGCCAUGCUGGACGGUGUCACUGUAGUGUGGUUUGGUGUGUUCCAAGCUUUUGCCGUCCUCGGCUUCAUGGGCAUCAACGUCGCCUUCGUCGUCAUAGCUCUCUACAUCUUUGGGGGUGACCUACGGGGCAACAGGGAGGCGGGGACGGUGGCGGCGGUCAUAUGCAUCUUCACCUCAAUGUUCUGGCUAGUGGCGGUCAGUGCCUUUGGUGCCGAGGUGGACCUGGAGAUUGGCCUGGUCAAAGACCUGGACAAGCUGGGCUUCUCUUACGGGCUGGCUGUGGCUGCUCUAGGCAUCGAGCUCAUCACAGGCCUGCUCAUGGUCGUAGAGGUCAUCACUAGCGCUUGACGUCAUUAGUAGAGGUCAUCACUAGCGCUUGACGUCAUUAGUAGAGGUCAUCACUAGCGCUUGACGUCAUUAGUAGAGGUCAUCACUAGCGCUUGACGUCAUUAGUAGAGGUCAUCACCACCGACUGACGUCAUAAGUUUAUGCCACUCAUUUCAGCAAAGUCGGGCUGAAAAAAAAAGACUUUUUCCAGAAGUUUCCACGAGCACUUGACUUCAUUCAUUUGAUUUAGGGUUUCUCUAUCCUCCACAAAUUGCCAGUAAAACACUCAACCCGUCAUGUCCCGUGUAGCACCUGGGGUUCGGGUUGGGGUUCAGUGCAAUAGUUCUAUAACUUUCUGCUUGCGUUCUAAUUUAUCCACAACCCCCCCCCCCCCCGCCCCCUUUGUUCGCCAGACAGCCCCAAUCAACACGUCAGUAAUAAGUAUCUCAAAUGUACCCUAACCCUAAUCCUUACGCUAAUCCUUACGCAAAUCCUUACGCUAAUCCGCCUUUGAUUGGCUCACAGUAUAGUCCUGCUCUCGCAUUAUAUACUCUAUACAUAUACCUACCUAUACAAAUACCUCCCUAUACAUAUAUCUCCCUAUACAAAUAUCUGCCUAUACAUAUCUCUCUUUAUACUAAAUUCUGAUGUUUGUAUUUGGUAAAAUCUUAGUUUAGCGUCGUAAAUUCCAACGUAGCUAGUAAUGUGCGAUGAAGGUAACUAAUGAAUAUUUCUUUCAUUUGGCCAUAUUUAUGUCAUAUUUUACAUAAUAUAACAGAUAAUUGAAUAACAAAUCACAAUCCAAGACCAAAUCAGUCAUAAAUAUCCUGGAAUAAACUUUAAACUACUCCGUUCGAGACAACAAUAAGUAAAUACAAGCAGCGG